AUGAUAAACAAGUUCAUCAGAAAUGUCAAACAUAUUGGAAGAAACCAAAUUCAUUUGAAUGGAAAUGCUGUAUUGAUUAAAGGAAAUGACAGCACAGUUGGUCUGUACAAGGUUCUUUUUGAAGUAAAUGUCAUUGAGAGAUAUCGAUUUGCUAUUAAAUACAAGACGAAAGAGAAAACUAAUGAAUUGAAGUUUACCAUCAAAGAGAAUCACAAAAAGCAAGCAUUAAGAUACUGGUUCGAUAUUCAAUUCGGAUAUGUGCUGAGGAACAUUGAAACUGAUGAUAGAGUUCAGUUUUAUCCCUCUGAUAAUACCUGCUUUAAUAUCAAUGAUUCACCACUAGUUAAUUCCACUAUUGAUACGGUACUAAACCAAUUGGAUGGUGAUGAUAUACUGGAAAAAUUGAAGUGUUCAAACUCCAAAUGGAGUAUUGAAAAUAUCUACGAAUAUGUACUUUUAACAACACCCAUUCCAGAGGUAUCAAUAGGCGCAUCUGUAAUUCUACCUGAUUUCAUCAAGAAUAGCAAGAGCAUUGUUUCAUUCCAUUUUGCUCGUUAUAAGUAUCCAGAAAUCAGAUUAGACAGAUUAUCAAAGAAAGCAAAAGAUCUUUACAAGGAUUAUUACAAAACCAACGUAAAGAAGUGUUAUCCCAAACUUGAUAUUCAAGAAUUGAAAGAGAUUGAAAGCCAUUUCUUUGUAAAUGUCAACAUAUACCGAUUCAAUGGAAAGAAAGCGGUUAUGGAACGACAUUCAGGUAAAGAAUACAGGAGGUUAUUAAUUUGA